GGCCGAGCGCAGGACGAGGCGAUGAAUAAUACAACCGGCUUGGCGCUGGUAGGAGCCGGGAGCCGGGAAGGGUUACCGGCGCACCGCGUCUUGACGGGCUGUGUUCUGGCGCUGCUCAUCAUUUGGACACUUUUAGGUAACUUCACGGUGUGCGCGGCCGUUUAUCGCUAUCGGCACCUGCGCGCAAAAGUAACCAACGUCUUCAUCGUGUCGCUGGCUCUGUCGGACCUCCUGGUGGCCGUGCUGGUGAUGCCGUGGAAAGCGGUGGCCGAAGUGGCCGGUUUCUGGCCGUUCGGGGGCUUCUGUAAAACCUGGCUGGCCUGCGACAUCAUGUGUUCAACGGCCUCCAUCCUAAACCUGUGCGUCAUUAGUGUGGACCGAUACUGGGCCAUCUCCAACCCGUUUCGCUAUGAGAGGAGUAUGAAUAGGAGGGUGGCAUCCGUCAUCAUCGGUGUGACCUGGACAGUGUCUGUGGUCAUAUCCUUCGUUCCCGUGCAGCUAAACUGGCACCGGGCGGAGAUCGGUGACCCAACCGGGGAGAAUCUGGCGCACUACAGUAAUAGUAUUGACGAUGGCAGCUGUGACUCAAGCCUCAGCCGCACAUAUGCCAUCUCCUCCUCCCUCAUCAGCUUCUACAUUCCGGUCGCUAUCAUGAUUGUGACAUACACACGCAUCUACCGGAUAGCCCAAAUGCAGAUCCGCAUGAUAUCCUCCUUGGAGCGGGCUGCUGAGCACGCGCAGAGUUGCCGCUCGGACGUUCCUGAACUGAUUUCGCACCUGUGCACAGAAAUGAGCACCCGCUCGUCUCAGUCUCACAUCAGUCUACAUCCGGACUGCCAGCCCUCUAAUCAGUCACACUGCGAGCUCAAAGUCUCCAUCAGAAAAGAGACAAAAGUGCUCAAAACUCUGAGCAUCAUAAUGGGCGUGUUCGUCUGCUGCUGGCUGCCUUUCUUUAUCCUCAACUGCGCUCUGCCUUUCUGUCCCGGACCAGCUGCUCCGGCGGCCCAACGCGGCCCUUACUGCGUUAGCGAGAAAACUUUUGAUGUCUUUGUGUGGAUCGGCUGGAGCAAUUCGUCUCUAAACCCGGUCAUAUAUGCGUUCAACGCGGACUUCAGAGACGCUUUCCUGCGCCUGUUGCACUGCCGGGGACGCGGCUUUUUGGCCGCGGUGAGCGCCGCGGUGGAGACGGUAAUGGCGAGUAACCAGGCGGGAAACUCCAAGCGAGAAAGCCCAACGAAGGUGAGGCUGGACGUCUCUUGCGCGACGAACACGAGGGGAAGUGAGGACAGCGGGAACACUACGGUGACUGUGUUUUAUCACAGAGGGACGAGGUCGGAACAAGUCACGGACACCGAGGACAGGACCGACAGAGACAAGCUGACGCACAUUCCCAUCUGAGCGGGAUCAUUUCAGGUGUCGAGGGGUAAGGCAAACACAAAGAGAACAGACUAAACCCCGGAUGUAGAGGGACCGGAAAAGUGAAGCACUGAAUUUUUCCCACCAGAGAGAUCUCGAGGAUCCACAAAAUAACCCACCUUACUACUACACUACAUCUGGAUGUCUUCCAAAGUCUUUUUUUCCCUUCUGGGAUUAGGGAGUGUGUUUGGAUAACUGUGGGUGGUGCAGCUGUUUCUACGUGUGUGUAGACAUAAGCUUUAUCUUUGGUGAUCAGUACCCAACAAAAUCUUUAGGUUAAAAUACUCUGAAGCAAAAUUUGAUGGGGGGCUGUUGAAUAGUUUAUAAAAACAGCAGGUUCAGUUAAGUGGAGAAAAAAAGGAGAAAAUAUGACCUUUUAUGAAGAAAAUAUAUAUAGUUGUACUUUGGAAGUAAAGGGGACACCUGUAGGUGAAUACAUGCUUGAAUCAGGCAGAGGGAGGUGCAUCCUUCUCACCCUCACCUCCAGCUUUCAGAUCGGAGUAGAUGUUUUACAUGGAUGGGUGGAUUAACAGAAAAAUUUACUCAGUAGGACAGAGGUUUUGCAGAGUGGCCAUUCAAAAGGCAAAUAGCUGGCUUUCCUCUCUCUCUUCCCCCAGUGUGGAGAGAGAUUUACCAGAGGUCAGGAUUUUUGUGACUCUCUAGAAAUGGGAUUAUGUAAGUAACUCACAUUAGCACCCGUCAGCUGUGCAUCUUGGUGGAUGCACGGUGCACUCUGUUACCCCCCUACACCCCCACCUAACCCAGCCACCCCUCCCUCUUUCCCCUGAAAGAAACAAUCAUGAAUUAUUUGUAGUGGUUGUUCCUGUGAAAGAUGUCCUGACCAGCAAGAACACAGAAGCUUUUAUGGUGACAACUCCUGAAAACACAAGAUGUGAUUCUUUGCAGUAAGGCUGAUGCAGAAAUGGCCACCACAAGAGCAGAGGCACGCAGUCUCGUCUGCUCUGUGAUGAACUUUCUGCAUAUUUUCAUCUGUUCAUUUUAAUUUCACAGGACCUUGUUGGUGUUAAAUAUGAACGUGUCUGUUGUGACCUGAAAGAGCCACCAAGCCUUAAUGGAACCAACAAGAAAUAUGAUUUCCUCCUGCAGUUUGUUUCUAAAACCACACACACAUAAGCCUGUAAACCAGAAUUUGCUGUUUUCCCACUUUUCUUUGUGUUUUAAGGCCUAAACAAAAAAGUAAAGGUGACUUUCUGUACCUGUA